UAUUAACCCACUCACAUCCAUAUCCACAUCCAGCACACGUUUAACCCUCUCACUCCCCCGCCUCAACCUCCUUCUCCUUCGUCCCCAGCUCCUGAUCCCUCGCCUCCUCCUCCACUGUCCUUGUUUUCAACUGCAAGGCAUGGAUUCCCCCUUCCCGCGCCAACUCCUCCUUCAGCGCGGCAUAAACCAUGCGAUGGCGUGCGGCUUGCGUCUUGGCUACGAACGAGGGUGAUGUUACUGUGAUGCUAUUUGGGUUUAGAAUCGCGGCGGGCCCUUGUGUGAAUAAAUGAGGGGGGAAAGGGGGUAGUUAGGUUGUUAGGUAGGGGGAUUGUUACUGAAAAUGCGUCUCUGUCGAUGUGUUACCGCGCAUGGGGGCGUGGUGGGCGUGGAGUUUUGAGUCGUUCCGGAUUAUGAGGGUGGAGGGUUGGAGGGUUUGUUGGAGCUGGAUUUGGUUUAUCAUUGUUAGCAGCCGGUCUCUCCGUUCCUGGCUUGAGAGAUAUGAUAUGGAAAUAUAUCAUUGAUACCUUCUCGCGGAUGGCAUCUUCCAUCGGCGUAGACGACAUGGUGGUUGCGCUGGAGAUGGAGCGGAGCUGUCCGGUUAGCAGCAGAAGAUGAUUCUGGCGCGGGAGAAUGGAGCGGAGCAUUGGGUAUGUUUAUGAGUAUCUGUGGAUAUUGUUUCUUUUGGAGAAUAAUCGCAUAUGAAGACAGAAAUUAAGAAUGUUAGAUCGAGCUUGUUAAAAGAUACCAGUUUCGUGGUUAAAUACUUAAAUAUUGGUUUGGUCCUUUCUUCGCUGGCGGGAUUUCUCCCCCCCCGAAAGUCAUCGACCAUUUUUUUCAAUCUUCCAUCCCUAUAAUAAAUAUCACAGUUUCUCGCUCCUCUGUCCACACCCUAGAAACAUUCCUCUGUAUUGAGAAGGAUGGCGUCAAUGUCUUCGGUCGAGCUGCAUAUACACAUAAUCUCCUCAAUAAUCUAAUAAUUCAAUUCCUCUUGCUCGUUCUCUGCGGCAUGGCCGAAAGCUAUAUUUAUACCAACCACCAGAAGCUCUCCGCAGAUUGUAUGCUUCGGAAGAUCCAACAUGCUCACCUCACGCAGGCUAAUAUCUCUCACUCGCGCAUCUUGCGGCCGUUCCUUGAGACCUUCUCUCAGAGCUUAUCUCUCUUCCGGCUCUCUCCUCCAAACUCGCCUCUCCUCCACCCUCCCUGACCUACCCGUCCUCCGCGCCAUACAAAAUCACGACCCGAAAUCAAUAGCCGUCGUUCACAGCGUCUCCGGCCGAUCCUUCACCUAUGGCAGCUUAAUUGGCGAUGUCUUGCGCUCCCAAGAGGGCCUGUUGCAAUGUGCUGCUGCAAGCUCUAAAAAUGUAGUUUUGCGCGGGUCACCCGUGGCUUUUUUGGCGGAGAAUAGUUAUGACUACGUAGUGACACUGCUCUCCAUCCUUGCUUGCGACGGCAUCGCCCUGCCCCUUUCACCAAGCUUCCCAGCUGGAGAGUUGAGAUACAUUCUGGACAAUUCGCAGACUGGUGUAUUACUGGCAACGGAAAAAUAUAGCAAGAAAGCUCGGGAACUAGUCGAGACCGAUCUAGAAAAUGCUCCAGUGUUGAGAACACUUGAUAAGAUCGAAAGUGGUGCUGGUCCAACUGCACAACUGCAUUUUCAAGAUGCAGCAGACUUGCGGGGUGGAAUGAUGCUAUACACGUCGGGAACUACGAAUAGGCCUAAAGGAGUCCUCCUCCCCCAAACCGCUCUCUCAGCGCAAGCCCGGUCCUUGGUCGAGGCAUGGGAGUACUCACCGGUCGACCGGCUGCUCCAUGUCCUCCCCCUCCAUCACAUCCACGGCAUAGUCAAUGCCAUUCUCACUCCGUUACUAGCAGGCUCGUCUAUCGAGUUCAUGUUCCCGUUCAACCCAACCGCAGUCUGGAACCGACUAGCAGCCCCAUUCAUGCCAUCCAACAAAUCCAUCAGCGAUCAUACUAAACCAAACAGGGAGAAAAUCACCUUCCUAACCGCUGUCCCAACAAUAUACAACAGACUCCUAACAACUCACAAAACCCUCCCAUCAGAAACUCAACGAGCAGCACAAACAGCCAUCUCGCCGGCAAACCUCCGGUUGAACGUCUCCGGUUCUGCCGCCCUACCAACCUCCACAAAGGCCGCGUGGAAGCAGCUUAGUCACGGCAAUGUCCUCUUAGAACGGUACGGGAUGACUGAAGUCGGCAUGGCGCUCAGCUGCGGUUUGGAUUUUGCUGACCGCGUCGACGGCAGUGUCGGCUGGCCUCUCCCACAUGUCGAAUGUAGGCUUUUUGACACGGACGCCAACGAGGUUAUUAGACCCGGUGAGGAGGUUGACGCCAAUGGGCGCGAGAGGGUGGGUGAAAUCCAAUUGCGCGGGCCGACAGUCUUCAGGGAGUAUUGGAAGAAUGAGAAGGCGACGAGGGAAGAGUUUACGGAGGAUGAAGAUGGAAAAGGACGUUGGUUUAAGACAGGCGAUGUGGCUGUGCGCAGACAUGUUCGUGGUGCUGGUGCCGGUGCGAGACAGAACGAGGAAGGACAGGAGUGGUGUCGCGGCCCGUUGUAUUUCAUCCAAGGCCGCAGGAGUGUGGAUAUCAUCAAGACAGGUGGUGAGAAGGUUAGCGCGCUGGAGGUUGAGAGGGAGUUAUUAUCGUUACCCCAGGUCACAGAAGCAGCUGUCCUCGCGCUCCCCUCGCACCAAUGGGGGCAGAAGGUCGGGGCCGUCCUCGUCCUCAACCCCGAUUUCGCAAAUACCGGUCACGGCGGCAAAACAUGGGGGAUAAUGGAUAUGCGUCGUGCGCUUAAGGGGAAGCUUGCUACGUAUAAGAUUCCGUCGGAGAUACGGGUGUUGGAGGAUGACUUACCGCGCAAUGCCAUGGGCAAAGUUAACAAGAAAUUGCUGGCGAAGUUGGUUUUCGCGGAUUUGCUAGAGUCGUAAGCGGUAGGUGAUACGUUGCAUUUUCCUUCUUCCCUUACGGGAUGGAUGGAUUGGGGAUGAGAGGAAAGGGAAAGAUGGAUGCGAUGCUUUCACACGGUAUAACACGAUGCACGCCGUUAUUGUGUUUUCAUAGAUUGAUCAAUGGAAUAUGGGAUGGACGCAUAGAAAGGAAAUACAUAGACUUAUACGAUAGACGGGCUUUUCCAAGGCUGCCUCUCCAAACCAUAUUAUACUACAUAGAAAGAAAUACUGACUUCCCCCCCCUCCGUUCCUUUUCAUGUUCCCCCCGUCAUGAUGAAAAUAUGUGGCUAGGCCUAGGUAACUUCAAGUCUGAUUUCCCUGUUGUUAUUGGUUAUGGUUGUUUACAUAUUCAAUUCCAUAACUCUGAGCCCGGACUUGAAUGAAUGGCUACAACGUUGUGUUGAGGUAGUCUGCGCAUAUACAGCUGGCUUUGACCAAAUACAUACCUCACCAACACAAAAAUAAUAUUGUCUCUUUCUUGGGGUUACCUAUUAAGAUGUAUAUGAAUUGCCAAAUAGACAAGGAACAUAAAAGCUAGACUCAGCAGAAACUGGAAAUGAAGCACUACAGCCUAUGAAAAGCAAGACGGGGCGAGAAAAGAGAAAA